UCCACCCAACCGCCCAGGAAUUUUUUUAAAAUUAAAACAGUGGGGUAGCGCAUUCAACGUUAAUAUCAGACGGUGAUGUCAGGAACUGGAAAUUUGCGCUAUAUAGAAGGUAGAGCUAUCUGUGAUUGAGAUAUAAGAAUGCCGUCCAUAUAACCAAAUGUUCCCCUUGGUAUUUCAAUGUUUUAACUGUUUUUUUUUUAAUAUUAGAAAUGAAAGCAUUAUGUUAUCGUUUUCUAUAAUUUUUUAAUAUUAGAAAUGAAAGCAUUAUGUUAUCGUUUUCUAUAAUUUCUGGAAUUGUGACAUCGUCAAUUUUAACUGUCUGCAUACAUGCAUCUACAUGCUGUAUCUGAUACCACGACACCUGAAGUAAUUAGAAAUGUUUUAAACUCAACAUUGAAGACUUUUAUAUCAUAAUAUAUAUAACAUUCGUAAUUGUGGAGGUUUGUGGUUUUCGCAGUUUUCGUUAAAUGUGAACAAAUAUUUUGGUUAUUAACUAUUAAUUUCCAAACCAAAUUGGUAUGCCACAACAUAGUCAACAAGAUGCUAUUUUAUCUAAUUUAAAGAGCGCUUGUUAUGGAGUUGAGCCACAAGUUGAUGAAGAAGUGGGCUAAAAAAACUGUCAAGAAGACUAUUUUUAAAACCACAAAUUAAAACAACAUGUUUUUUUCAGGCAAAAAAAGUCGCAAAAUGAAGUUCUCGCAUUUAUAAAAAAUAGCCGGUUUGACAGUUUGAAUACACGUGCGGGAUGUAAUAUGUACUUCACGAGUCUUUAUCUAUUGAUGACAUCGUCGUUUGUAGCAGUUAUAACUAAUACAUUAAUAUCAAAAGUUUCGGUUUGAGGUUAUUGUAAGAAUACUUAAAAUCGCGUAAUUAUCCACUGCGUUUUUAACGGAACACCUUUCAAACGUUUUUCUUGCAUUAAGUGAAUGUACCUGGGGACGAGGUAGGAAAUUCAACGUUCUGCAGAACAAUUCGUUGCGCAAAAACAGUUUUUUUUCGUGAAUAGACUGAGCAAGGAUUUGAUGUGCGUGGGAUAUUCUUUUCAAAUUGGGCGAGAAAAUUUUAUUAUUCCAAAAACCAUUCUUAAAUCUACUACUUUUUCUAGGUGGUGGCUAGUUUGUAUCGGUGAAAGUUGGCGGCCUGAAAUAUAUUUUUUUUUCGACGUCGUGUGACGUUAGCGAUGUCGUCUCGCCGUGAAUAUCAGAUUCCGCGGGAAAAGUACUUCAUAAAAUUAUUAUAUAAUGAGAAGAAGGUGUGCGUUGCACGUGUUUUCAUAAACACGAAGAAAAUAUUAAAAUUGAAAGUUUUUUUUCUUAACUGUAUUUUUUAUACGUAUUUUGGUGGUAAAAACGGAGUACUUUGUGGUGUUGUAGCUAAAUUAUGGGUGAGUUUUUCAUUUAUUUUGACUGAAUUUUUUUUUCAUGUAGAAAUAUUUAUCCACGAAAUGGAUUACUACAUUUUUGAUAUUUUUUCUCAAGGUGAAUCCGGUGAAUCUAGUAGUUCGUUACAUCGUUAUCCCUCGUAUAGUGAAUUUCACGAGGCUUUGGAUUCAUACGAAGUGAAGACGAAAACUCAUUACACAGUUUUGUCAGAAACCAAAGAUUUCAACAAAGAUCAAUGUUUACAAGAGGUUUUAGAAGCCUCUUCAUCACCUCAAAUUUGUUGGCAAUUAACACAUAAAGAAGACAGUCUUCCCAUUCAUUUUAAUGGCAUACCAUAUAUAUGGCUCGGUACAAAGAAAUACCAAUGCCACCAAGGGAAAGACAGAGGUAUCUCUAUAAAAAAGAAAUACAAACAAGAUCGAGAAGAAAAACUUCGUGGUGACCACCCCGAAUGUGUUAGAACGAGAAAACUGGCACAACACACCAAGAAGUUGGAUUGUCCUGUUGUAUUCAGCGUGAAGAAACUCCUACUGUUUCCUGGGUAUAAAAUCGAAAAAGAUUCUAAAUGGAACAGAACUGUUGCUUCAAAAAAAUUGAAAGGCGCAUUGGUGAAGUAUCACAUGAAAGAUGAUCAAUUAACAAUAGAGAGUCGAUUGCAGUAUAUAACGACAUUUCCAACUGGUACGAUUUUUAUAUUUCUUCAUAUACCAACCUAUAUGUUCUUCUUACUCGACUUUGUUCUAUCUGCAACAUGUACGACAGCAAAUUUUGGAACGAGCGCUAGCGCAUACUGGAUUUUUACGUUAUUUUUUAUUUGUUUGUUUUAUUAUUAUUUUUUAUUAUUAUUAUUUUAUUUUAUUUAUUUUUUUUUAUCUAGAGACGCAUAGCAACCAUAAUAUGGGAGAGGCUGCUGGAUUAAUCGAACCAUUGGACAAACGAGUUGCUAAUUAUAUGAAACAAUUAAUUAGAGGUGGUUGUCGAAAAACAAGAGAGCUGAAGUUGGCAGCAGCUGAGUUUGUGAAAAACACUAUUUUUUCUGGUAGAUCAAAUCCAGAAAAAAGUAGGCGCAGAUUCACGCCAAGUAGAAAGAAAAUCAAAAAUUUGAUUACUUCAGUCAAAAUCGAAACACGAUAUUCAAAGAUUGACCAGGAGAAUGUUGAGUCUUUGAAAAACGAAUGGUCAGACUGGGCGGAUAUCUAUUUCAGUGCACGGUGAGACUAUACGAAUGCUUUUACGAAAUGUUUUUUUUUUUUUAUCUCCGUAUUUAAUUAAUUUCAUCUUGCAACUUUUUUCAAGAUUGCAAAACAAACAAGUUGAAGUUACUACUGAAUUCAAAGACGAUGAAAUCGAUGAUAAAAACGAUAACGAUCUCGAUAUUUAAAAAUUUAAAUGAAAUUUAUGACACCACAUCUACCGAUGGUAAAUUUCUCUUCGUUUAUCAAUCAAAAGUAAUGCAACGCCUCUACAGAAGAUACGCUUCACAGCUGAUAUUGUUGGAUGCGACCUACAGGACAACUAAAUACGCCCUGCCACUGUA